AUGUGGGAUUUUUAUAAGAAGAGUAGUCCUGCUUUAGAAGUACCAAAUAGGUUGACCUCCAAAAGUGAAAUACAAUUACAAGGUGAAACCUCACAGAAAGAAGUACAAAAAUCAAGUUGCAUUUCUGGAGAAAAAGGACAACAUCAAGAAUUACUUUUUCGGAAUAUCAAUUUGUGGCAAGCAGGGAGAAAUGAAAGAAGAGAUGAAAUCAAUGUUUUCCAAUGUCCAAAUCGAGAAAAAAUUGAAGGAUUGCAAAAAUUGCUGGGGCUAGUGUUCAGAGUCGUGUCAAGCAGUAAUAGAUUUGACUCAUUUGGCAAUAAUCUGUCUUUGGUAGUCGAUAUGAUCGUGAAUGAGUCAGACCGCUUUCGUAUUGCAACCUCUCUUGAUAUAGAGAUACAAAGCAAUGAUCUUCGAAAAGAUGAUAUUCGUUAUUAUAUAAUGGAAAUUGCGCUAUGUGGUUUCAAUCAUAUAAUUGUUAUUGGGAAAUGUUAUUGUAACUUACUUUUUCUGAAUUGCUAUGAAUGUGUAUUCAGAUGGGACUCUAUGACUGAUGUAUUAUUGCUUAUCAGAAAUUUUAAAGCAGUAUCAGAGAAACCUCGUGAAGUUUGUGAAGUAGUAUGA